CCCCAGCCCAGGCCCGUCCAUGCAGCCCUGGGGCGAGCGCGCGGCGGGCAGGACGCAGAGCCCCGAGCACAGCAGCCCGGGCCCCCCCCAGCCGGGGCCCGGCCCCAGCCCGGGCCCCCCCGAGGCGGUACUCAGUGCCGAUGCCGCGCCUCGCCCCCAUGGUGAGGCGGCCGAGAGAGCCCGUCCCCGGCCGGCCCGAGGCCCCGGGGGCACCAUGGAGGGCGCGAUGCAGCUCCUGACCCGUGAGGGCCACAGCAUUGCCCACAACUCCAAGAGGCACUACCACGACGCCUUCGUGUGCAUGAGCCGCAUGCGGCAGCGGGGGCUGCUGUGUGACAUCGUCCUGCAUGUGGGCGCCAAGGAGAUCAAGGCCCACAAGGUGGUGCUGGCCUCCUGCAGCCCCUACUUCCACGCCAUGUUCACAAAUGAGAUGAGUGAAAGCCGCCAAACGCACGUCACGCUACAUGACAUUGACCCCCAGGCUCUGGAGCAGCUGGUCCAGUUUGCGUACACAGCCGAGAUUGUGGUGGGGGAGGGUAAUGUGCAGACGCUGCUUCCCGCCGCGAGCCUCCUGCAGCUGAAUGGCGUGAGGGAUGCCUGCUGCAAGUUCCUGCUGAGCCAACUUGACCCAUCCAACUGCCUGGGCAUCCGGGGCUUCGCUGAUACCCACUCCUGCAGUGACCUUCUCAAGGCUGCCCACAAGUACGUUCUACAGCAUUUUGUGGAGGUGGCCCGGACCGAGGAAUUCAUGCUUCUCCCACUGAAGCAGGUGCUGGACCUCAUCUCCAGUGACAGCCUCAACGUGCCGUCAGAGGAAGAUGUUUAUCGAGCUGUUCUGAGCUGGGUGAAACAUGAUGUAGAUGGACGUAGGCAGCACGUACCCCGGCUGAUGAAGUGUGUUCGGCUGCCACUGCUGAGCCGAGACUUCUUGCUGGGCCACGUGGAUGCCGAGGGCCUGGUCCGACACCAUCCAGACUGCAAGGAUUUGCUCAUCGAGGCCCUCAAGUUCCACCUCCUGCCGGAGCAGCGAGGAGUCCUAGGCACUAGCCGCACUCGGCCCCGGCGCUGUGAGGGGGCUGGCCCUGUGCUCUUUGCAGUGGGUGGCGGGAGCCUGUUUGCCAUCCAUGGGGACUGUGAGGCAUAUGAUACACGAACAGACCGAUGGCACAUGGUGGCUUCCAUGUCUACUCGUCGGGCUCGAGUGGGUGUGGCUGCCAUUGGGAACCGGCUGUAUGCUGUUGGCGGCUAUGACGGGACAUCUGAUCUGGCCACUGUGGAGUCCUAUGACCCCGUCACCAAUGUCUGGCAGCCUGAGGUCUCCAUGGGGACGCGUCGGAGCUGCCUGGGCGUGGCCGCUCUUCAUGGGCUCCUUUAUGCUGCUGGUGGUUAUGACGGGGCCUCCUGCCUCAACAGUGCCGAGCGGUACGAUCCCUUGACAGGCACCUGGACGUCUAUAGCAGCCAUGAGCACGAGGAGGAGAUACGUCCGAGUGGCCACGCUCGAUGGGAAUCUCUAUGCUGUGGGUGGCUAUGACAGUUCCUCCCACCUGGCCACGGUGGAGAAAUAUGAACCCCAGGUGAAUACGUGGACGCCCAUUGCCACCAUGCUGAGCAGGCGCAGCUCCGCGGGGGUGGCCGUGUUGGAGGGCGCCCUGUACGUGGCCGGAGGUAAUGAUGGCACCAGCUGCCUCAACUCUGUGGAGAGAUACAGCCCCAAGGCCAAUGCAUGGGAGAGUGUGGCCCCCAUGAACAUCCGCAGGAGUACUCACGAUCUCGUGGCUAUGGAUGGAUGGCUGUACGCCGUUGGUGGUAAUGACGGGAGCUCCAGCCUGAACUCCAUUGAAAAGUAUAACCCUCGCACCAAUAAGUGGGUAGCCGCCUCCUGCAUGUUCACGCGUCGGAGCAGCGUGGGGGUGGCCGUCCUCGAGCUGCUGAACUUCCCACCGCCCUCCUCGCCUACGCUCUCAGUGUCCUCCACCAGCCUCUGACCCUCAGGGAGACCAGGAGCAGGCCCCAAGCUCUAGACAGCCAGACCAUGAUGGGGCCCUGGGCUGGAGGUGUGGAGACCCCAAAAGAGACAGCUGCCCCCAUCCCCAGGGUGUGGAGGGCUGGGGCAGGGAUGGCUGACCUCCCCGCUGGGCCUCUUGCAGAUGCCUUAAUGCUCCCCCCAUCCCAGGAAGGGAGGAGGAGGGGGCAACUCCUGCCAUGGAGGUCUCUGAGCCACAGAGACAGGGGGCUCUGGCUGUCCCUCCCUCCCCCUCCUGCUCCCAAGGGCCUCAGUCUCCCACCCAGCACAUGGGCCCCGGAGCACUGUCUGCGUCUGCCUAUGUUUGUCUAUUUAUGUAUUUAUUAUUAUUUAUGAAAUGUCCCACGGCCACUUCCCACCCCCCUUUUAUAUUCUUGCUUCUUCUGGGGCAUUUGUGAAAGUUGAGUUUCCUUUGAGAACCAAGCCCCAAGCCUCGGUUCCCCCUUGAUAAAUUCCUGAGGAUAGAGAACCAAGGACACCUGGAGCCCUCCCAGGACAGGCACAGAGGGACAGAUAUGAAGGAGACCCAGAAACACACUUGACUUGAAGCUGGAGACAGUGAAGGAAGGAAGGGUGGCCGGAUGACUGACGGUCAGACAGAUGUGACGGAAAUCUCUGCAGAAAGCCUGGAGGGCAGUCUGUUGGGAGACAGCCGGGGGACCAGGGAGGCUCCCCUGGAGGACGGGCGAGCUGGGAUGGGCCCGGGAGGACUGGGACGAUUCAUUCCUCUGUCUUGUUUCUGUGGAGAGUUGUCUGUUUCCUUUUAAUUAUGCACUGAGCUGGACACACGCACACAAAUACCCGUGCUGAUGCAGGCAAACACGUGUGGACGUACCCACCAACAUACAUGCCUUCAUGCACAUCAAUACACAGCAAUAUGAACCUACCUGACCAAUAAAAGUUCUUGUACACAGCCUAA